AUGUACAUGUGUGGGGUUGUUGAAAUGGGCGUUUGUAUUAGGAUGGCUGCUUGGAUGAAUUCUUGUGCACAUCCUCAGAAGAACAGUAAGUCGUUGGCUUCGAACAGUUGCAUGUUUUUACACCCCAACAAUAACUUUAGCAUUUGUGAUUUUAUGGUUGACAACCCUCAGGAAGGGAGGUUGUCGCGAAAACGAAAGAAACUGAAGGAGACUUUUGAAGAGUCGUGUGGCGAAGAAUCGCGUUGCUUGUUUGCCCUUAUUCACGUAUGCCAUUUGGAGGAUACGCAGUGCACAAGCAGUGGCCUAAUCGCUUCCACGUCAAAAUUUUCUCCUAACGUUGACUCCAGUACUGUCAUAGCUCUGCCAAAAUAUGUAGCUAUGGGGCUACAUAGCUACAUAUUUUGGCAGGCUAUGACUUGUCGUGAACGGUUGUACUUUCGAGUCGCUGCCACAUUUGAGAAACUCAUCACUUCAUUGUGUGACUUUUUUUGCCUACUUAUACUUGCAAGACUAUACGGCAGCAUCAAUCCUGUCUUCCAAGAUCCGCUUAUUGAAAUUGAUGCGGUGUCAUCCGCUCUUGCUGAUCGUGGACACUCAGUUAAAAGGGCGUUUCAAAAGUGGCAACUGUUACGGUAA